AUGAAACCAUUUGUAUCGGUAGACCUUAAGUCCUCAUCUCAUGUAUUCAUAAGACAUGAUGCUGUAAAGAAAGCUUUACAAAUGCCGUAUGAUGGCCCAUUUAAGGUGAUUGAGCGUUCAGAGAAGUUUUUUAAGGUGGACGUGAAUGGAAAUGAGAAGAAUAUAUCUGUGGACAGACUUAAGCCCGCAUUCAUGCCUUAUGAGAAUCCAACACAACACGACCACUCAUACUCGGCAGAAAUAACUGAUAGAAAGAAGAAGGUCAAGUCGGUAGAUUUUAAAAUAUGA